CGCUUUUUCAGAAACACAUGCAGAAGCUCGGGGAGAGUGCAUGAAUCAAUCCAGAGCAUUAGGCUGAGAGAGAGCAAGAGAGAGAACAAGCUGGCUAUGGCAUCUAACUUCAAUGAUAUUGUAAAGCAAGGCUACGUUAGAAUCCGCAGCAAAAAGCUUGGGAUUUAUCGACGCUGUUGGUUGGUGUUUAAGAAAGCAUCUAGCAAAGGUCCAAGGAGAUUAGAGAAGUUUCCUGAUGAAAAAGCAGCUUAUUUUAGGACCUUCCAUAAGGUGACAGAAUUGCACAACAUCAAAACUAUAACAAGACUGCCUCGAGAGACUAAGAAACAUGCGGUAGCAAUUAUCUUUCAUGAUGAUACUUCAAAGACAUUUUCCUGUGAGUCAGAACUGGAAGCAGAGGAAUGGUGCAAAUUUCUCUGUGUGGAAUGUUUAGGAACCAGAAUUAAUGAUAUAAGCCUUGGGGAACCCGACCUUCUUGCAGCUGGAGUACAGAGGGAGCAAAAUGAACGGUUCAAUGUAUAUCUCAUGCCAACACCAAAUUUAGACAUCUACGGGGAAUGCACAAUGCAGAUCACACAUGAGAAUAUCUAUCUGUGGGACAUUCACAAUGCAAAAGUCAAGCUAGUCAUGUGGCCUCUAAGUUCUUUAAGGAGAUACGGCAGGGAUUCUACAUGGUUUACAUUUGAAUCUGGGAGAAUGUGUGACACUGGUGAGGGAUUGUUUACAUUCCAAACAAGAGAAGGAGAGAAGAUCUACCAGAAGGUCCAUUCUGCUACUCUGGCAAUAGCUGAACAACAUGAAAGGCUCAUGCUAGAACUGGAGAAAAAAUCAAGACUCCAGACGACUCUGACGGAACCUAUGACAUUGUCCAAAUCAAUAUCUCUUCCUCGGAGCGCGUACUGGCAUCACAUCACCAGGCAAAACAGCGUUGGUGAGAUCUACAGCUUGCAGGGCAAGUGGAUUAUUAAAGAAUUAUCCUUGAUCCCGUCCUCCUCUCCCCGCACAACUCAUUCAAAUUGCUUUUAUUUAGUUUGAAUCGAUUGUUUCGUACUUUUCUUAUUUCAAUUUACGACGCCUCAUAAAUUUUAAGUGGGACCCGAAUUUCUA